AUGCAGCACAUCCCCGGCCUUGCCACGCAGCGACACCGCGACGGCGACGCGAAAGGAUGCACCCAGCACGCAACCCAGCUUGGCAACAUCUCCCACAUCUCCCUUAGGCUUCGAAUUUCCUUCCAACGGCUCGUUGAAACGGGGUCGGGUGGAGAGUAG